ACGAACCGUCGGGCAUGUAAACACUGGCUUCACGUGACGCCCUUUUGGGGGAAAACUAAGCAAACAAAGUCACGAGAAGCUGUCCUGGAAUUACGAGGAAAGCGGAAGGGGUCUAAAAUUUAGAAACAAAACCACAGUAAAAUAAACGAAAAUGUUGACACCAAAGUUUGAGGUGAAACAAGAUGAAAAGCAUAUAAUCAUUACAGUGUUUGCACCUUAUGCAAGAAUUUCUGAUGCUGAAGUCAAUAUUGAUGAAGAUACAUUUACAUUUUAUUCCUCUCCAUAUUAUCUAAGACUCACCUUCUCAGGGAAGCUGACUGAUAGUGAAUUAGAGAGAUACACAGCCAAGUUUGAUGCUGACAAAGGCGCUUUUGUGAUCCAGUGUGAGAAGCAGGUCCCAGGGGAGCAUUUCAAGGACCUGGAUAUGCUGACCACUUUAUUGGCACCUCAGGGAGCAUCAAGUGUUAAGAAGCCUCUGAUUGAAGGGGAUGAUGAUGAAGCAGGCAAUGAAGAUGAGGAAGAAAACAUUGAUUGGUUUCUUGAGCAAACGCUCCCUGAUGAAAAUGUGGUUACAGCAGGGCAUAAGUAUGGUUUUGCCAACAAGGACACAGGUGUCUUUACUGCACUACAGAAUGAGUUGAAGGGUGUCAUUGAUAUAGCAGAUCCAGACAACAAAUCAGCAAGUGCUCGAAGGAAGGAACGCAUUGCCUGUGAGCAGAGUGUUUUUGAUGAAGACCACUACCUUGCGGAUUACUUUGAGAUGGAUACAGUCCGAGAGUACCUUGAGUUUAUACCUGAAUUUUACAGCGUUACCUCAGAUGAAGUGGAACUAAAUGAGGUAGAUAAAGAAGACCUUCUUAAGCUUCCACGGAAAGAACAUCUUUUGGAUAAAGGAUCCAGAUCCAUAGUUUAUCUUGGACUUGUGGACAUUCUGUAUAGUUGGUGCUACAACCAUAGGAUAACGCUGGGAGAGAACUGUCCUGAGUCAGCAUGGAACAUUGCAAAACUAAGUGCUACUCUCUCGUGGCUUGAUUCCUUUACACACCUGAAGGAUGUUGUCACCAGUUGCAUGUGUCGUUCGCUCAUAUAUCCUCUAAUAAGAAAUUGGCAGUUGUCUAAGGAAGUUUUAAAAGACACUAUCCAAAUUUUGUCUUUAGGAAGAAAAAAGGUGUUACACUGUCUUCUUGAAAUACAAAGAGAAUUCAAUAAUUCAGAGCCAAGAUACCUCCUCAACCAGCUCUAUAUCACGGACUACUGCACGUGGAUUCAGACAGUGAAGAAUGAGAAGUUGAUAAGUUUGGCAGAUUCUCUAAAAAAGGUAAAUAUAGCCAAGAAAGAUGUUGGCCUUGAUCUGGAAGAUUUAGAAGCUGCUGCUCACCUUGUCCUAGAGGAGGAAAGUGCCAAUAGCCCCGUUGACAACAUGAAUAAUCUGGCUACGCAUAUGGGAGACAUGACCAUCAUAGAAAAUGGAGCAGCUCUGGGGGUCAAUGAAAAUGAAUUUGAUGAGAAUGUUGAUAUGUUAAAUAACCAUAGAAGAUCAAACCUCAUUCAUAUACUAGCGACUCCAGUGAUGAGGACUCAAGUGACGACUCAGACCAAGACGAAUCGACUUCUGAUUCCUCUGAUUUGGAUUCUGACGAUGACACUUUGUCCGAGAGUGAAGAAUCUUAGCUGUUGAAGUUGUGAUUGGCAAGUUUUUUCCGACAUUUUCCAGGUUUUAAAAAGAAACAGGAACAGUAAUAAAGUCUUAAAUUAUUAUAUUUA